UGUGACAGGCUCUGAUCUCACAAACGUAUGCAAAGCUAGCUCCCUCUGAUUAGCCACGUCAUGUAAACUUAGCAGUGGAACACUUCUGAUUUAAAUACAGCAAGGAUCGCAGUUUUGGUAGUAGUUCAUUUUUAAGGAGCCGGUCUAGUUUUGCGGAUAUAACAGUUAACUCGGCAGUAAUCGUAUGGGAAAAUGUCAGACAUUGGGGACUGGUUCAGAAGCAUCCCUUUGAUCACUCGGUUCUGGUUUGGUGCCUCAGUUGCUUUUCCCUUUAUUGGAGUACUAGGAUUAGUUGAUUUUAGGAACUUCUUGUUGUAUCCCGAGUUGGUCUUCAACAGAUUUCAUCUAUGGAGACCAGUGACAGCCACCUUUUAUUUCCCAACUGGCUUUGUGUAUCUAGUCAACCUCUAUAUCCUCUACCAGUACUCCACUCGGCUAGAGACAGGGGUGUUUGAUGGCAGACCAGCAGACUAUAUCUUCAUGCUCCUCUUCAACUGGAUCUGCAUUGUUAUAACUGGGCUGCUGAUGAACAUGCGGCUGCUGAUGAUCUCACUGAUCAUGUCCGUGGUCUACGUCUGGGCUCAGUUCAACAAAGACAUGAUUGUGAGCUACUGGUUCGAUAUGCGAUUCAAGGCACAUUAUCUACCAUGGGUCAUCCUGAUCUUCAACUUCAUUGUUAGAGGCUCUAUGGUGGACGAGCUGACGGGGAACCUGGUGGGUCAUCUCUACUACUUCCUGAUGUUCAAAUACCCCAUAGACCUGGGAGGUCGCUCCUUCCUGUCUACACCAGACAUCUUGUAUAAGUACUUCCCUAACCGGAGAGGGGGGGUGACAGGGUUUGGAACUCCUCCCAGCAGACCAGCUGCGCAGGAACAGGCGGGAGGAGGCAGGGGAGGAGGGCGUCACAACUGGGGCCAAGGCUACCGUUUGGGGGAUGAAUGAGCAGAGAUGUGAGCAGAGAGAGCUACGCCCACCCCCUCCCCUCUGCUCCCAGUAACAAAUGGCUGUACAGUUGAUUUUCAGGUUAAAAUGUUUGCUUUCUGACAUUUUUUCCUAUUUGAGGGAAAACCUUGUCUUGACAUUUAAUGCAUAUGGUUGUUUAGACUUAAAGGAUACAACAGGAGGAAAUCUGAGGAAGCAUGCAUUUCAACCAAAGACAGAGCAGCACAGGACUCUGGCUAUGGGCUCAAUUGACCAAGUAAAGCCAGUUCUAAUAUUACUACUACAGGUGAACGUGUCCAUGUGAAGCAGAUAGAAGAAAAUAUGAACUAACAGAGUUUUCUUUUUAUGUGAUGAUUUGUCUCCCCUCCCAUUUAUAUUUUACCUUUUUGUCCUCUUCUUUUCACUCCCUCCCAUCCACAUUCUCUCCGCACACUGCCAUUGGACUGUCAAGACAAGAGAUGUUGUAGCUGCACACCAGCACACUGUUGAUUUUGAUCCUUGUGUUCCCGUCCUGUCUCUGUGAUGUCAUAUCAGAUUACAUUGUAAUUACCAACGCACUGGGAGUGCGCUCUCAGCCAUCCCUCUGCUGAACAUGGGCAAGCUAUUUAGAAGGCACUGUUUCCAGGUCUGAAUUUACAUGUGUGUCAAAUGUUUUUUUAAGCCUCUAUGUGCAGACUUGAUCUUCUUCUGUUUAAAGAUCUGAUCUUAAUCAAAAUGAGGUAAAAACAGGAUUUUGCUUUUUUCUAAAUAUAAGUUGUUUAUUGAAAGGAUGAAUGAGUCUGAGUGUGUAAUUACUGUCCGUGUUUCCUUAAUGCAAUGCUUGGAUAAAUCAGUUUUAUUCUCUCGA